AUGAGUGAAUCCCGCUAUGAUGUAUUCUGUUUAAAUAUUAUUCUGUUUGUUUCUGCACUUUUUUCUUCUUCUGUUUUCCUCUUUUUUUUUCUUCUCUAUCACUCUCUUUCAUCUUUCUCUCUCUUUUUUUUUUUCUGUUUCUCUAUUUUCGGACUCACUUUUUCACUGUUUCUUUCCUACACUUUCUAUAUCUUUUUGUUCUACCUCUUAUUUCUCUAUCUCUUUCUUUCUCCGUUAAUUUUCUAUCACAAUUUUUUCUCUUCCUGUUACUUUCUUUUGCUUUCUCUUUUCUUCUCUAUAUUUACCUCUUUCUUUCAUUUACAAUAUUCCACUUUUUUCUUUUUCCGCUCUCUGUUCCAUCCGUUUCAUUUUUUUCUUCUCACUUUUUCUGCCUCUUUUUUUCAUUUUUUUUUAAUAUUUCUCUUUUCUCCAUCCCCACUCUAUUUUUCUGUGUCUGUCUCUCUCUCUCUCUUUUUCUGCAUUACCUUUCCAUCUUUCCGUACCUUUUCCUUUCUUUCGCUUUUCUUCUCAUUAUUUCAUUUUCUAUAUACCUCCUUUUCUCUCCUUCUUUCAUUUAUUUUAUUUUCUCUCUGUUAA